ACAAGCGAUAGUCAAGUAUGGACAAGAGCCGUCAACAAGGACAACACGAUGUGGUCAAUGGCCCAUGGGUCCGCCUAUGGGAGCAUGGCCUGGGUACUUCCCGAUAGGGUCAUGGCCUACGCAGGGUCCAUAUCCUAUGUUACCCCAUAAUCAGAAUUUGGGAGGAGACCAAAACACGGGACAACUCCAACUAACCGGGCAGAACCAACCAGGAUCGAGUCGGCAAGGAGGACAAAACCAGAACAGGUCCCAAGGACAAGGACAAGGACAAGGACAUAGAAGAGGUAGGAAUGCUGGUAGAAAUCAGGGACCAGGGGAACGAGGAGUAGGAAAUAGAGGAAGUGGGUAUCAAGGUGGAAACUGGGGGCAGCUCCAAGGGGGUGCGAAUCCGGUAGGGCAAGAAUACCAGCAGGGGUAUGGUCGUGGUUACGACCAAGGCUAUGGAAGGGGGUUUCGUAGAGGAAAUGGAUCAUGGAACGGACAGGGUUUUGGCAGAGGAUGGAUAGACUAUAACGAAUGCAUUUGUACCCAAUGUGGGAUCAAAGGACACACAGUAAAGCGAUGCCACGUCAGGAAGCUCGACGAGCGCGAUGGACUCAUAACAUCGAACAUAGAUGGCGAGGUGUUUGACAGAACAGGAAGACCGAUCGAUCCUGAGAUUCCGGGAGGCACUAGAAAAGAGGCCCUUCACAUAGCCACGCUAGGUCCUAACACCCCGGAAAUGUUCAGAAUGUGGCAAGGAAAGGAAGGAUCAGUCGUACGGGUGGAAGAUGUAACUGAACUAGAAGAAAAACUGAGCAGGAUGAGGAUCAAAGAAAGCAAGGAAGAAGUACCCCUUGUGGAAGAAGAAGCAGAAGAGGAUGACGUUAGGAUUAACGUCAGGGACACGUUUGAUAGGAUGGAGGACUUAGUGAAUAAGAUGCAAAGACUGCAUUUGAGGCUUCAAGGGAUAUGUGAAGAAGCGGGGGAAGAAGGGGCUGGGUUCCCGAAAGUGUUUACCAUGGGACGUGGAGGAUUGGGAGAUGGGCCAAAUGAGCCCAACCCAAGAAUGCUGAGGGCGAACAUGGCCGCAAAGAAUAGUGGGGGUCAAAGAAGCGUGAGAGGAACGAUUCUGUUCGCUACAAGAAGACCUGCAGAAGAGAAUCCUUCAAAGGAGCAAGCCCAGACUUCCCAGCCUGCAGAGGAAGAACCACCUAUCAUGGUAGAGGGUGAUGAAGACGAGGAUGAAAAGAUUAGGGAGGAAAAAGAGAGGCAGGCGAAAAUCAGGGCUAAGAGAAGGAAAGGUGAAGUUAAAGAAGGAAGGUCCAAAAAUGACGAAGCGCCAAGCAAAAAGAGAAAGUACCAGACGUCGAUCGAAGAAGGGGUAGACUUGGAAGGUCUAGUAAAUAAGCUGCUAGAAGAUCACAAUGAAUUGCUAAAUCUGAAGGAAAUUCUAGCUUCGGCUCCUAAGUUAAGAGAAAUGGUGAAGGCAAGGUUAUCACGCCAGAGAGUGGCCUCGGUCCGGAUGGGGGACCUGAUUCCCAAGGAGGCCAACUGGAGUGUGGCAGAAAGCAAAAUGGACUGGAAGUUCGUGGGAACAGGGUCCAUUGAUGUCAUGAUAAAGGGAAAGAUGUGUCCUGGGAUGGUCGACACCGGAGCAGAAAUGAGCAUUAUAAACGGAGAAACGGCGGUGAAACUAGGACUGGAGGUAGAUGAAAACGACUGCGGGUUUCUCAAUGGAGUCAGCGGCAAGACCGGGUACACGGGGGUUGCAUCGAAUGUGGUGAUAGAGAUUGAAAGAGUCAAGAUACUGAGGGUCGCCCCCAAUAGCAGCAGCAACGGGUCUGACCAGGCAGAGGGAGAUGAACUGAAAGAGGAGGAGGCAGCAGAAGGGAGGAAGAAAAGCAUGGGGGCAAGUGUGGUACCAAGGAAGAUAAAGACUGAGGAGAAAAGGCCAAUUGAGAUUGGAAGGAACGAAGCACAAGAAAGGAAGAGUGAAAAGGAGGGAGGUGUAAAGAAGGCUGGAGAAGGAAAGAGGAUCCAGGAAGGAGGCAAGGCUCCAAAGGUCAAGAGAACUGAGGAAGAGGGGCCAAUUGGAGACAGAGAAAGAGAAGAGAUGAGCGGGAUAAGAAAGAAGGAAAAUGAGAGGGAUGCCCAGGUGGAAAAAUUGAUGAGAGACAUGAAAGAAAUGAGGAAGGAAGUAAAGGAAUUGAAGAAAGAGAAGGAGGAAUAGCAGAAAGAAGUGAGCCAAUUGAGGGCUGCCCUGACUGUGAAUGACAAAAAAUUGGAGAAUGAAGCGGCCACAAUAGG